CCUCACCAUCAAAGAAUGCGCCAUUUUCUGGGCCCACAGGUGCCCAUCGAAUGCAGCUUCUUCCGCAUCCCGCGCAUUUCGGCGCGCAUCGCCGGUUUUUGGCCUCAAUCACCUAACGGCCCGCCGCGCACUUCUCUAACGGUAUUGCGUUUCUGCGUGAAUACAUUUGCGGUUGCUUUAGGCGCCUUCGGUGAGAAUUUCUACGGUUUCAUGUAUCUGGACGAUCUUUUUAGUGCACUCGAGGCAUUCUGUCCAGGAGUUACCAAGGUCAUAUCGUUGUUGAAGAUGACCAUGUUUUUUGUACGCCAUAAGCGUUGGCAACGUGUGAUUCAUGCGAUGCGUAUGUUGUUGUUGCAGGAUACCAGCAACGAGAAGCGUCGCAUCAUGGAGCCACUGGCCUCGUUUGCAUCGCUGCUGUCCUUUGCGCUACUCGCAGCUGGUUCGCUAACGAAUACGUUUUUCAAUGUUUCGCCGCUGGUGAAAAUGGUCUACUACAAAUGGCAAUCGCAGGAAACGCCGUUGCUGUUGCCCUUCAAAGUUGUUUUGCCGGAACUGCUUGUCAAUUUACCCUAUUACCCGGCCACCUACCUGAUGCUGACGCUCUCCGGCGCCAUGACAGUGUUCACCUUCAGUGCCGUGGAUGGAUUCUUCCUUUGCGCUUGUUUGUAUACGUGUGCAUUGUUUCGUAUGUUGCAAUUUGACAUACGCCAUACAUUCGCUGAAUUGCAAGAACUGGAGUACUCCACGUUGUUGCAAAAUGUGCGGAUACAACGUCGUUUGGCGGUGCUGGUUGAACGCCACAACAAAGUCAUCGAUCUGUGCAGCGAUUUCGCAUCGGAAUUUACACUCAUCGUGCUAAUGCAUUUUCUUUCAGCCGCGCUGGUAUUGUGCUUUAGCAUUUUGGACAUGAUGCUGAACUCCGCCUCCAUUGGCAUAGUCACGUACAUCUUUUACAGCAUUGCUGCACUAACACAACUCUUUCUCUAUUGCAUUGGUGGAACUUAUGUUAGUGAAAGUAGCGUGGAAGUGGCUCAAGUUAUUUACGAUAUUGACUGGUACAAGUGUGAUUUACGCACGCGUCGUAUGCUUUUGAUAAUGUUACAACGUGCACAGAAAGCCAAAACGAUUGCAGUGCCAUUUUUUACACCAUCGUUGUCAGCUUUUCGAUCGAUCAUAAGUACAGCUGGUUCGUAUAUUACAUUACUAAAGACAUUCAUAUGAGUACGGGUAGUUUAUUUAUAUGAUUAAAAUGGCCAAAAGGAUAUAAUAUCUUUUUUAAGAAAAUGUGAAUAU